AUGGAUCCCCUGGAGCGGCUCAGCACCGACGGCAGCUCUCUCAGUCCAGAGCCGCAUUCGUCGAAGCAGCCAGUCCGCAGAGCUAGCAAGGCUUGUCUGGCAUGCAGGGCGAGGAAGGUCAGAUGCGAUGUCACGAUACGGUCGCCUUGCGGGAAUUGCCAGUGGAACGGGCAGCAGUGUGUGACACAUGCUCGACGAGCUAGAAGACGGAGAAGAAGGCCAGUUACAACGGCAACCCCUUGCGAGCCGGGUGUUACAGAAGAGGCUGCCACGAAUGGUGGACCUUGCAACCUGCUCGAGGAGUUUGCCAUCGAGUCUCACUCCCUGGACGCGCCCAUGUCGAUGGACGACCUGGAGCUUCUACGAGCGGACAUUGAAGCCGACAAGUCUCCCCAAGAGUCACCGUCAGACAUCGUCGACGCCUUUGACCUACCAAGAUAUGUCCGACCCCUGACGAGCCUCCCUCCAGACGACAUGGAGUUUCUGCAUGCCGAGGGCGCCCUGAGCCUGCCCGACAGUGCCCUCCAGAAUGCGCUCCUCCGGGCCUUUUUCGAAUACGUGCAUCCGUAUGUGCCGACUCUGGAUCUCGAUGCCUUCUUGCACUCUAUAGAGACACCCGAUGGGUCCGCGGGACAGGUGAGCUUGUUGCUGCUGCAGGCUGUCCUCGCCGCUGGGACGGCACACGUAGAGCUGCAGCACCUCCGGAAUGGCGGAUAUCAGACCCGGAAGCAAGCCCGCACGGCGUUUCUAAAGCGAGUUCGACUCUUGUACAAGUACAACUGCGAGCUCGACCAGAUGGUCCUCACCCAAUCGCUCCUCCUCAUCACCUCCUGGCAAGACGCCUCCGACGAGCACGGCAAGACGUGGUUCUGGAUCGACGCCGCCGUCUCCCACGCCUUCGCCGCCGGCCUGCACCUCGAGCCGUCCGCCCACAAGCCCAACCUGUCGAAGCGCAAGCAGCGGCUGCGGCGCCGCGUCUGGUGGUGCUGCUUCAUCCGCGACCGCCUGCUGUCCCUGGGCAUGAGGCGGCCGCCGCGGAUCAAGGACGGCGACUUCCAGGUGGCGAUGCUGGAGGAGGCGGACUUCCAGCCGGAGCAGAUCCGCAGCGACGAUCCGGACCACGGGCGGUUCGAGGCCGUGUGCGUCUAUGUCAAGAGCCGCAAGAAGCGCGCCGAGCUGGCGAGGAUGUGCGUCGCGCAGGCGACGCUCUGCCGGUCCAUGAGCUUCCUGUCGAGCAGCAUGUACGUGGCGCCCCAACACGACGGCCUGUUGUCGUCCGAAAAGGAGGCGGCGGCGGCGGCGACUGCAGCCGGCAGCGGCAGCGGCAGUGAGCAAAAGAUGUUCACGACGUACAUCCGCGACCUGCUGGAGUGGCGCGACGGGCUGCCGGAGGGCGUCUCGUACCGGCCCAUCUCGCGCAGCGACAUCAGCAGGGACGGCAGCGCGAGCAUCUCGCUGGACCGGGCGGUGCUGCACAUGAUGUACUACGCGGCGGUGCUGUGCCUGUACCGCUCGCGCUUCGUGGCGCUGCUGCGCGAGGCGGAGGAGGCGUCGGCCAUGGAGAAGGAGAUGUGCAAGAUCUACAUGCAGCACUCGGCGAAGCGCAUCGGCGACAUCUCGCGCAACAUCUACGACCACGGGCUCGACCGGCUGCUGCCCAGCAUGGCGGCCAACAUCGCCGUGUCCGCCGCGAGCGUGCACCUGCUGGAGCUCAGGGGCCAGCUGCAGGGCUGCGCGACGGAGCCGAGCUAUCGGCAGAGCAGGCGGCUGAUGCAGUCCAUGCACGACAUUUACGCGGGUGCUGAUUUGUCAAGGGAGUCGCCCAACUGGCAUGAGGAGGAGGAGGAAGAGAAACGGGAGGAGGAGGAGGAGACUAGAAGCAGGCCCGGCGGAGUGGUAGCAACUGAGACGGGGGAGGAGGAGGAGGAGGAGGACUAUCUCGUGGCUGACGGGGACUGGCUCAAGGACCUGGAGGCGGCGACGUGCUGGUAUGUGGCGGAGCCGUACCGGGCGGACAGCUUUUUGCAGUAUCCGGGGGAGGGACUGGAUGUGGUGAAUGAGUUUUUUGCUUGCUAG